AUGUCUACACCUGCUAAUUUUUCGCAUCUAGAAGAAGAUGCAAUUGACCGCUUUCUGCGAAUACGGCACGAGAUGUGUGACAAGCUAAUUGGCUGGAACGUGGAUAUAAUUAGAGAUCCAAGUAUCAGCCGCGCACUUUCUAUCAGUCUCAGACAGUUGGUUGAGCAGGAAUUCAAUGAGUUCACUGCGUUGCAUAGCAGGAUUCGGGAGAGUUGGAUCAUGUCAACUGCAGAUCACGACGGCUGGAAUAACUGCUGGUGGACAAAGGCCGAUCGUAUUCGUGAGUAUAUGCAGACUUUGGUUAGAGAUCUCGAUACACCCCCUGCACAUUACCACCAGACUGAGCUUGCUGAAAUGUUGAGUAUAUUGGCAGUCUGUAUUGGCCAGGUGCACUACCGCAAGCAGGUUGAUGAUCACGUUCGACAGAUGCGGAAUGCAGCACAAGAGAUGAAUCAUCGCCGCACUACGCGAGGCUACUUUGGACCUUAUCUUGGAAUGGUCUGGGAUGAGCUCUUUGAGUUAAUGGAAUGUGGAUGUGACUUUUGUUGGACAGGUCAUUGA